ACAUGCUCUGUAUCUCUCUGUUUGCCAUAUACUUCAAUUCCCAUUUCAAUUCUGAAUCGGUGAAUCCAAUCCCAAAAGGAAAAGGAAAUUUUCUUAAAAACCUAAAAUCUCAUUGAUAUAUAAAAACGAAACCUUUUCUUCAGAACUCUCUCAUCCACACAUAAUCUAGUUCUUCAUUAAUCUCAGAAGCUUUUUGUUUCAAUGGAGUGGGUUCGUGGGGAUACAAUAGGGUUCGGAACCUUUUCUACUGUAAGUGUAGCGACUAAUAGAAAAGAUUCCGGUGAGUUCCCGAGGGUUAUCGCCGUGAAAUCGUCGGAUUCUUAUGGCUCCGCUUCACUUUCUAAUGAGAAAUCAGUGUUGGAUUCACUCGGUGAUUGCCCUGAGAUCGUACGGUGUUAUGGCGAUGAUCGAACGGUAGAGAACGGAGAGAAGUUACAUAACUUGUUGUUGGAGUACGCUUCGAGAGGAAGUUUAGCGACACAAUUGAAGAAACUAGGCGGUGAGGGUUUACCGGAAUCCACCGUACGCCGCCACACGGGAUCGGUGCUCAGAGGGUUACGUCACGUCCACGCGAAAGGGUUUGCUCACUGCGAUAUAAAACUCGGGAAUAUUCUGUUGUUUAACGACGGCGCCGUUAAAAUAGCUGAUUUCGGAUUGGCGAGAAGAGUUGACGGAGUUUUAACGCCGUCAAAAGAAGGGGUUGAGAUUAGAGGAACGCCGUUAUAUAUGGCGCCGGAAUCUGUUAACUAUAACGAGUAUGGAUCAGCGGCUGACGUGUGGGCGUUAGGAUGCGCUGUAGUUGAGAUGAUUAGUGGCAAAACGGCGUGGAGUGUGAAAGAAGGAUCACACGUCAUGUCGCUUUUGAUACGUAUCGGUGCCGACGGUGAGUUACCGAAGAUUCCAGAGUUCUUGUCGGAAGAAGGCAAAGAUUUCUUGUCUAAGUGUUUUGUCAAAGAUCCCGAGAAAAGAUGGACGGCUGAGAUGCUUUUGAGCCAUCCGUUCGUAGACGUUGAUUGUGAAGAGCACGACCAACGAGAAGACUAUGUUUUGAAGGUGAAGGAGGAAGAAGCACCCACGUCACCAAAGUGUCCAUUCGAAUUUCCCGAUUGGGAAUCUAUGUCAUCGGAUUCUCACACGCCGUCUGAUUCUCCGGUGAAGAGACUUGGGAGUUUGGUUAGUGAAUGUGAAUCGUUCCCUGAUUGGUCUGUCGAAGGGGAUUGGGUUACCGUCAGGUGACGUGAGUGUUAUACAAACAGAGUUGAAGGCUAGGUUUUUUUUAACACCUAGCUACGAAUAUUCGUAAUCUUUGUGUGUAAUUGAUUUGUUAAUACAAUUCAUUGUAGUCUUCAUUGAUUAAAUUUUCUUCUUUCAUCAAAUUUUGAGGAAUCAA